AUGGAGCCGUCACUGCCAUUCUCAUCUGCAUGCCUCUCGCUCUGGCACCGGGGGACACGUUCAUUCACUCACCUGAAUGCCAAUCGCCAAGAAGAUGUUCCAACUUCUGCGAAAUACGUUAUAAUCGGCUCUGGUAUUUCAGGAGCCUUAACAGCUUGGAAGCUCAUCGAGGACGGUGCUAAGGGCGAAGACAUUCUGAUCCUCGAGGCUCGAGAAGCUGUUUCCGGCGCCAGUGGAAGAAAUGCUGGACAUAUUCGGCCAGAUGCAUUUCGAGGCUUCCUCCACUACUCCUCCUUGCAUGGGCCAGAACAAGCCAAGAAGAUCCUCGAAAACGAGCAGAUCGUGCUGAAAAGCAUCCGCAAGUUCGUCACAGACCAUAGAAUCAACUCGGACUUCACCGAUACAACAACAUUCGAGACCUGCCUCACCCAGGAAGCUGCAGACUACACUGCCAAAGCAUUAUUAGCGUACAAGGCUGCUGGCGGCGAUGUCUCAGAAGUCCAAGUGCACGAAGGCGACGAAGCAAAAACCAAAACCCGUGUCCCCAACGCUAUCAGCGCAUACGAAUGGCCAGCAGCAUCCAACAACCCAGUCAAGCUAGUCCAAUGGAUCUUGACUGAUUUCAUCGCGAAGGGCGGCAGGCUUUGGACACAUUGUCCAGCCACAAAGGUCACGAAACAUGCAACUAGAGACGCGACCACUGCGGGUGCAAGUGCAAGCGCAAAAUGGGAUAUCCAUACACCGCGCGGCACAGUCGCAGCCGAGACAGUCGUCCACUGCACGAAUGCAUACGCCUCAUUCCUCCUACCCAAUCUAGCAAACUUCAUCACACCACGUCGCUCGCAAGUUAACUCGUUCGUCCCGUGCCCGUCACUGUCCGGUGCAGAGACGCUGAAAAAUACAAUGGCACUUCGAUAUAGCGCUAAUCAUUUCUUCUCUGUGAAUCCGCUGCGUGAUGGGACGAUUAACUUUGGUGGUACAGGGACGAGAGAUGGAUCGGAUCCCGAGACGGAGAAUUGGAAGGCGCUGCCUACAUUCGAUGAUAGGUGUUUUAACAGCUCGCUGGUCAAGAAUAGUCAGCUUGAAUUUGAGAAUCUGGCUUCUGGGCCUGGGAAUGAUCCGUUGAGGCUUGGGGAGGGCUUUGAUUACGCUUGGACGGGGAUCCAGGGGAUCACGCCUGAUAAUGCGCCUUUGGUUGGGCCUGUUGGGGGGCUGGAGGGGCAGUGGAUUUGUGCUGGGUUUAAUGGACAUGGGAUGGCGACUAUUUUCACUUGUGCUCCCGGUUUGGUGAUGUUGAUGUCGGGGAAGGGGUGGGAGGCGACGGGAUUGCCGGAAUGUUUCCAAGCUGGGAGGGUUAAUAGGAAGCAGAGG